GCUUGGUCGUACCUGCAGUCAUGUCGGGGCCGUAUCCACUCGGAUGGCGAGAAAAUGUGGCCCGGAGCACCCAGAACUUGGCAGUCCGGGACAGCCGUUGAAGAAUCAAAAUUCCCUCAUGCACUGUGGGGCAUUUUGUUGGUAUGUCGAGGUUCGUCGUACUCAAUUGGCUAUUGCUAAUAUGUAUCUCGGAAUUGUGUCCCGAGAAGGUUGCCCGGAUGAGAUCGCCGGCCCAUACGACGUGAUAUUUGCCUUUUGAGGUGACGGAUUUCUUGGACCCUUCCUUCGUGGAAAAACUUUGACCGACACGAAAUUGCUAGCAAAUGAGUAAACCAGUAAAACAUGCAUGCGUACAUGAGAACCUUGGAGGUCCUGCCGUAAAUCAACGGGUUAGGAGUGCGGCACAGGCAGUCUAGAUUGAAGAACCGUUCGAGAAUGUCGGUGCGUGCCGUCCCUUCGUGGGGGCCGUGGGGAAGAUAGAGAGACUGGAGUCGCUUGAUAACAAGGUGUUAGUUUUGCCUUAAUCAGCAAGAACCGGCGUGUCGACUCAACGUCUCGGUAUCAAGUCUGAAAUUUCAAGAUCUCCAUGACCAUUUGUCACCGUGUUGCCAGAAAGCAGAUGAUAAAGUGUCGCGGAACACUGCAUCCCUUCUGUCCCUGAAGAAUAAAUAAAAUAAGCGAGAUCAAGGCUAGGCCUCAGUUGUGUCCAGUCGGAAGGUUCAGCGAAUGGUGGUGGCGUCAGUGUUUUGUGACAGUAGGGGCAUACAUAUCAUUUUUCAGGGGCAGCUAUGGAUCAACAACCACUUUACCACAAUGGCCUUCCUGUUCCAGACGAACAUCCGCGGGGACGAACAAUUUCUUCUGCAAGGGAUGCUGCAAGACGGCAUCAACGUGGUCUUGAUGAAGAUGGAAAUCAAUAGCCCGUAUGGCAUAAGACCGGUAUCUCUGGCUCAUCUUUCAAGUGUGUGCUUUCAAACUUCUGUUGUAUCAAAUCAUUCCUUUGAACCGGAAAUCCAGGAGGAGAUAUGCGUUUCACACUCGUCACAAGCCAACCAUGGUUGCAGCUUCUUAUUCUGACGUUCGGUGCCUUACUUCAUGGAUCUUAUGCAGCUCCUGCUGAUAUUGCAUCUGUUAUCACCCAAUCGCGUGUGCAAGAGAUUAAACAGUCAACCAAUAACAACAUCGGUGCUGCUUGUUGUACGCUGCUCAAGCUCGGCUUUGGUUCGUUGGUUUCAAGUUCAGGGUCGACAAAAUACCAGACUUCAUCAUCGUCUUACUGGUCUUCUCAAGCCCAGAGUGCAGCUCCUAGCUGUGUGGUAUCCCCCACCACGACUGUUCAGGUCUCUCAAACUGUUGCGGCAAUCAAUUUACUCAGAGUUCUGGGGCUUCAAUGCCAGUUCGCUAUUCGAAGUGGGGGACAUACUCCUUGGGCAGGAGCGGCUACAAUCCAAUCUGGUAUUCAGAUUGACUUAUCCGCUAUCAACCAAGUGACAGUUGCCGCUGAUCAGAAGACUACUUCUAUUGGCCCUGGAGCAAGAUGGGUGGAUGUUUAUAUGAAACUUGAUGCUCUGUCUCUCGCGGUAAUCGGAGGUCGUGCUGCCACCGUCGGUGUCGGAGGGCUUGUAACUGGCGGUGGAAUCUCAUUCUUCUCCGCACGCUACGGCUUUGCAGCCGACAAUGUCGUCAGCUUCGAAGUCGUCCUCUACGAUGGAUCGGUAGUGAAAGCAAGCGCCACAUCACGUCCUGACCUCUUCUUUGCUCUGAAAGGAGGAUCCAACAACUUUGGUAUCGUCACUCGUUUCGACCUCGUCACUUUCAGCAGCGGCAACUUCUGGGGAGGCUCUGUGAUAUACCCUAUCUCUGCGAAAGCAGAGAACUUAGCUGCCUUCGUCAAGUUUGCCGGACAAUCAACCUACGAUGUUUACGGAGCCCUGAUUCAUUCGUAUGCCUGGUCAGCAGCCAGUGGUGGUUGGAUCAUCGCGAACAAUAUUGAGUACACAAAGCCUGAGGUCAAUCCUCCGGUAUUUCAAGACUUCUUGGCCAUUCAACCGCAGUACGUCAGUACCAUGAGGAUCUCCAAUUUGACCGACUUCACACUCGAGAUCGCCGCUUCCAAUGCCGGAUCCAGGAAGCAACUCUUUUACACCAGCACCUGGAGCAAUGAUCUCCAACUUUUGACAGACAUUGUUGCACUCAGUGAGCAGUCCUUGGAAACAGUUGCAAGCGUACCAGAUCUAGCAUGGAGUUUGAGUCUGCAGCCUCUGGUCACGGCAAUCACCACAAAGAGUGCUGCAACUGGCGGCAACCCUCUCGGACUUGACGGCUCAGAUGGCAAUCUCGUUCUUGGACUCAUCACCGCCAGUUGGACAAGCACAGCUGACGACGCGGCUGUUCUGGCUGCCGUUUCUGGAUUCUAUGCCGCUGCUGAUGCGCUGGCUGCCUCAAAGGGACAGCUAAACUCGUACAAGUAUCUCAACUAUGCGUACAAGACGCAAGAUCCAAUCAAGGGUUAUGGGGCUGCAAAUGUGGCUAAGCUUCGUGCUGUCAGCAAGAAGUAUGAUCCUGCUGGGGUGUUUCAGAAGUUGGUUCCUGGAGGAUUUAAACUCGCAUGAGCCGAACCGAAGCUGUGCCUUUUGUAGAUAUUAUGAUGUCGAGGCAAAGUUCUGGAGAUUACCAUUAUGUUUUUAGACAUUAGAAUCGUCACCAAUACAAUUACAGAUUUGAGACUGUCUAAGGGUAUUGGUCGUAUGUCAAUGCCUG